AUGAGUGAAGAUCAAGAUCCGCUUUUGGCUGGCUUGCAAGGCGAAGAAAACCAGGACCAACAAGAAAGAACCAAUGGCGAAUCCAGCAAUGCCCAGGAGGAGCAGCAGCCUCAACCUACUCCAGCGGAACAAGAGAGGCAAAAGGCUCUCCAGAACUUCAAAGAAAAGUUGACAGAACACAGAAAGUGGGAUGCUCGUCUCAAGGAGAUGAGACUAAGCAUGCGAGAUAUGGAAAAGACCUACGACAAAACGGAAAACGAUAUCAAAGCCUUGCAAUCGGUGGGUCAGAUUGUCGGUGAGGUGUUGAAACAGUUGACCGACGAGACCUUCAUUGUCAAAGCUUCUAGUGGACCACGUUAUAUCGUUGGCUGCCGUAAUACUAUAAAGAAGGAUAACUUGAAAAAUGGUGUUCGUGUUUCCUUGGACAUGACCACUUUAACCAUUAUGCGUAUUUUGCCCAGAGAGGUUGAUCCAUUGGUUUACAACAUGACUACAUUUGAGCCUGGCGAGAUUUCUUUUAACGGAAUUGGUGGUCUCACUGAGCAGAUUCGUGAAUUGCGUGAGGUCAUUGAGUUGCCUUUAAAGAACCCAGAGUUGUUCACACGUGUGGGCAUCAAGCCUCCAAAGGGUGUUCUUUUGUACGGUCCUCCUGGUACUGGUAAGACAUUGUUGGCCAAAGCAGUGGCCGCAACCAUUGGUGCCAACUUUAUCUUUUCUCCAGCAUCUGCCAUCGUUGACAAAUACAUUGGUGAGUCUGCAAGAUUGAUCAGAGAGAUGUUCUCCUAUGCGAAGGAGCACGAGCCAUGCAUUAUAUUUAUGGAUGAAAUUGAUGCCAUCGGAGGUAGAAGAUUCAGUGAAGGUACUUCCGCAGACCGUGAAAUCCAGAGAACGUUGAUGGAAUUGUUGAACCAAAUGGAUGGAUUUGACACAUUGGGUCAGACCAAGGUCAUCAUGGCUACCAACAGACCUGACACCUUGGACCCUGCGUUGUUAAGAGCCGGUCGUUUAGACAGAAAGAUCGAAAUUGGCUUGCCAAAUGAGGCGGGUAGAUUGGAGAUUUUCAAAAUUCACACAUCGAAGGUCUCCAAGCAAGGCGAAUUUGACUUUGAGGCUGCCGUCAAAAUGACUGAUGGCUUCAACGGUGCUGAUUUACGUAAUGUUGUCACAGAAGCUGGCUUCUUCGCGAUCAGAGAUGAAAGAGACUACAUCAUACAAAAUGAUUUGAUGAAGGCUACCAGAAAGGUCGCUGAUGUCAAGAAGCUAGAAGGCAACAUAGAUUACGAGAAAUUGUAA